CUCAUAUCCACUGUGUGUCUGUGUAACUGACAGAGAGAGAGAGAACGAGAAAUUGGGAAAUCAGUGGUAGAGUAGAACACAGAAGUAGUUGAACGAAAUGAGGUGCAUCAGGGACAUAUGUUUCUUCCUCUUGGCUUUUACAAUUACCUCCAGAGGUGACAUAUACAAGGAUGAAGCACUGAAACUGAUGUCUGAGACACCACUCAUAGAUGGACACAAUGAUUUGCCAUGGCAACUGAGGCUGCAGUUUAACAAUGAGCUAAACACUAAGGACCUGCACACACUCGGUUCCACACACACCAACAUCGAAAAAAUCAAAAGGGGACACUUAUCAGCACAGUUCUGGGCUGCAUAUGUCCCAUGUGACAGUCAGUAUAAAGAUGCAGUUAGACAAACCCUGGAACAGAUCGAUGUUAUUCAUAGAAUGUGCAACAAAUACCCAGAGGAUUUCAUGUUUGCUUCCAGCAGUCAAGACAUAUUAGAUGCCUUUGCCAACAAUAAGACAGCAAGCCUGAUCGGGGUAGAAGGAGGUCACUCCAUAGACAGCAGUAUGGGAACUUUGCGCACCAUGUAUCAUCUGGGAGUCCGUUAUCUGACCCUUACACACAGCUGCAACACACCCUGGGCAGAUAACUGGCUGGUAGAUACAGAUUCAGAUCCCAAGGAGCACAAUGGCUUAAGUGACUUUGGCAAGCAACUGAUACUCGAAAUGAACCGGUUGGGCAUGCUGGUGGACCUGGCUCAUGUGUCAGAACAGGUGAUGAACCAAGUGCUGGAGAUCACCAAGGCCCCCAUCAUGUUUAGCCAUUCUUCUGCCUACAGCAUCUGUCCUCACAAGAGAAAUGUCCCUGAUGACAUCCUCAUAAAAGUGAAAAACAAUAACGGAAUUGUUAUGGUAAAUUUCUAUAAUGACUAUGUCACAUGUAGCAAACAAGCAAACCUCUCACAUGUGGCAGAUCACUUUGACCACAUCAAGAAAGUAGCUGGUUCCAGCGUAGUGGGUUUUGGUGGUGAUUAUGAUGGUGUUACCAGGGUACCAACUGGUCUGGAAGAUGUUUCCAAGUAUCCCGAUCUGGUAGCAGAACUGUUGAGACGUGGUUGGACAGCUGAUGAGGUCAAAGAUGCACUUGGAAGGAACCUGAUUAGAGUGUUUAAAGCUGUUGAAAUGGUACGAGACAACCUGAACCACACGGCUCCGAAUGACGUCCCCAUUGCUUUGGAGCAGGUGAAAAACCCCUGCAGGACUGAUUAUGGCUACUCAGUCUUGCCCAGUGCUGCUGCCAUGCCAUCUCACAACUUAUUGAUUUUAUCCUUAACACUGAUCUUAUCCUUGCUGACAGUCAGGCUUAUGUGAUUGUACACCUACAGCAUUCAUGUUAGUUCAGCUGUACAAACUAAUCAUCAUUAAAGUUCCUUAAUUAA